AUGUCUGCAUGGGAUUCAGAUAUUUUGGGUCAUGUUAUCUUAUUGAAUAUGGAAGGCAAUUCUACUAGUAUUCCUACUGAAAUUCAACAUUUGUUAGAACAGUACAGAUCAGUUUUUGCUGAACCAAAAGGGCUACCUCUCAUAGAUCUCAUGACCAUGCUAUUCCACUCAAAUCUAAUGCUACUCCUUGUGAAUCUAAGGCCUUAUAGAUUUCUUUAUAAUCAAAAGGCUGAAGUUGAAAAACAUAUAGCUACUAUGUUGUCCUCUUCUGUUAUUCAGCCUAGUAAGAGCCCAUUUGCAUCUCCCUGCCUUCUUAUUAAAAAGAAGGAUGACACUUGGAGAUUUUGUGUGUAUUACAGAGAAUUAAAUAGUCUGACCAUUAAAGAUAAAUUUCCUAUUCCUAUAGUGGAAGAUUUGCUAGAUGAAUUGUAUGGGACAAUAUACUUUUCAAAAAUUAAUUUGAGGUUAGGUUAUUGGCAGAUCAGAAUUAAACCUGAAGAUAUUUACAAGACAGCCUUUAGAACUCAUCAAUGCCAUUAUGAGUUCAAGGUGGAGUAUCUUGGCCAUAUUAUUUCUGCUGCAGGAGUAUCUACUGACCCUAGCAAGGUGGAGGCUAUGCAGAAUUGGCCUAAGCCUAAAACUCUUAAAUCUUUAAGAGGAUUUCUGGGCCUAACUAGAUAUUACAGGAGAUUUAUCAAAAAUUAUGAUGCUAGUUCUGGAGGUAUAGGGGAUGUUCUUGCACAAGAAGGGACCUAUUGCUUAUUUGAGUCAAGCUCUAAGUCUAAGAAUUCAGCAUUAUCUAUAUAUGAAAAAGAAUACCUUGCUAUUCUUUUGGCUAAGUUGACUACCACUAUUCAAAAGAAAGGGUUGACAAAGCUAUUAGGAUUGGAUUAUACUAUACAGUACAGAAAAGGAAAGUUGAAUGUUGUUGCUGAUGCCUUAUCUACAAGAUGGGAGGAUCAGGCUCAAUGCUUUGUUUUGGGAGCUACUGUUUUAGUACCUACUUGGGUUCAAGAGGUGGAAGACUGUUAUCAGGGUGAUACUUUAGAACAUUACUGGAUUUCAACUCUUAUUAUUAAUCCUACAACUAAUAGUAAAUGGAAGUAUUCUAAGGCUGUCCUUAGAUGCAGUUGUAGGGUUUAUAUUGGAGAUCAUGGCAGUCUUAGAUUGAAGGUUAUUAAGACCUUACAUGACUCUCCUCAAUGA